GUUAUCUUCCGGCAAUGGUGAAAUGUGUAUAUUUUUAAAGUGGUGGUCUGCCUGAGAAAGUGCGCGGUGUUACAGUAAGUGCUUACAGAACAAUCACUCGUGGCUGUCAUUUUGUCGUCACAAUGAGCAUUGUGCUAAAACAUCCCAAAUAAAACAAAAUAGGUAAAGUGGGCAGUGCUUAAUCUGCUAACUAAUCAGGUAUUCAGACGUCGUUAAGCAAUUUUACAGCGAUGACCUCAGUGGAUAAUUAAAAUAUACAUGUUUUUAUGGCUUGCUAUUGCCUCAGAGGUUUUUUAACCCACCUGACCUCGUGGGCGUCCAAAGACCCAACUUGAAGAGCCACUCUUGCAGUAAACAACAGCAAGAAGCCCAUACAUAGUGAGAGAACAGAGCCGUUUAAUCACAGUUCAAACAUGUAGAAAUGUCUGACUCACACUCUUACUCUCAGGACCUCCUUCCCCUAACUCCUUUAUAAGAGCACAAAACUUCCUCCCGAUUAGAUCUCUCUUGCACAGAGCUGUAUAUUUUCUAUUUAUUAUUUAUUUUUUUUAGAAGCUAUUUAUUUGUAUUUAUUGCUUAUCUGCCUGCUUUUGGGGCUUCCUUAAUCUGUCUUCCAAAUGUUUUUGUUUCAAAGUACCCGUUCUUCUUACCUGUCCUCUUUUCUCCUGAUCAUCACGCUUCCUUUCUCUCUAUCGUUUUAUCUCACUGACUCCAACCCCAUUUUAUCCUUUGAUAGUCAAGUCAGAGAAGCGCAUCUCUACACAGAUAACCACAGACGUGGGAUGUAUCUGCAGAUAAGUCUGGAUGGGAGAGUGACAGGCAGUGAUGCUCAGAGUCCUUACAGUUUGCUGCAGCUGAAAUCAGUCAGAUCAGGACACACAGUCAUCAAGGGGCAGAGCUCAUCCCUGUUCCUCUGCAUGGACAGCACAGGCCGUCUGAGAGGACAGAGUCACUACACAGAGGCUCACUGCUGCUUCAGGGAACUGUUGCUGGCCGAUGGAUACACCCGCUUCCUUUCCCCACACUAUGGAUUUCCUGUGUCUCUGGCGUCGAAGCUUUCCCCAGAUCGACGCGCAACCCCUUUCACUCGAUUUCUGACCCUUAGGAAUACUCUAACAGCCGACACUGGGUCUGAAGAACCAUCAGGGAAUACGAGAUAUUUCAACAUGGACUCCGAUGACCUUCUUGGAAUGGGUCUAAACUCCAUGGUCAGUCCUCAGUUUUCAGUGGACAAGUAAAGACGCUGAUCUCAAACACAUUUAUUUAGGAUGAACCUGUUGACUUGAUUUUGUCAGGAGAAAAGUAGCUUGGGAUAUUUUUGUUGUUGUUGUUGUUGUUGUUGUUGUUGUCCUCACUAUAAGUUAUUUAUUUAUUAUGUCCACUGUGUAUUUCUAAGUUAUUUAAAGACAGAAUACUUUUCAUCAAGGUUUGGGAGACUUUAUGGUUAAUAGUUUCCUCCUCCUGUCGUGUGAGAGAGAAAUGUUGAUUCUGAUACGUGAGGCUUUUGGAGUUUCUCUAAACCAGCUGUUCCUGGAAAGUCCAAUAAGCUUUACACAGCUCAAGUGUGUAUUUAUCUUACUGCAGAAAAAUUCUCAAUGAAAAUAAAUAUGGUAUAAAUAUCCCAUUUGUUUGUCUGAGUCAAUGCUACGCAGCGCUACUUGUCCCCUGUGUUAUGGAGCAAGUAGGCAUACCAGAGAGGAUGCAUUUACCAAAUAAGACGAACAUACUUUGGCCAGUGAUCACAGAGUUCCUGCA